CACCUGUCAACACGUUAAACGGUCCAAGAAGUUACUGAAAAGUGACUCCAGUGUAAACUCUUUAGUGCAUGUGGUAGAUUAUCAACAUGCAGAGUCUAGUGAAGACUUCUUUCUUCGUAUGUAUGGUACUGCAGUUUACAGCAGCUCAAAGACAAUUAAAUCCUACCAUACUACAAGACACCAGAAAUCUACCAAAAGUGGAUGGCACAUUUGGCUUUCUCUACCGAACUGAAGAUGGGAUUUCUCAUGCAGCUAAAGGCGAUUCAAACGGUAUGAUACAUGGUACGUUUUCGUACACCGAUCCGACUGGUUUAAAAGUGAACUACAACUAUAACGCUGGUUCGAGGGUGGCACCCGGAUACAACUACGAACCAAUUCAAGCAGCACCAAAAUAUUCCAAUUACCAAUCGCCUCUAUCCAGAUAUACAGAACCGGAACCCUAUUAUGAUGACAACUAUCAAGAAUUACCACGCGAACCUCAGCCAAGACCUCAGCCACAACCUCAACCUCAACCUCUUCCAGAGUAUAGACCUAGGGAGGCACCCAGGUCACAAUACAGGGGCAGACCAAGAUCUAGAGCUCAAUACAGGGAACCAGUAGAUGUUUACUCGGAGAGAAGAGGCAGACCUAUUGCAAGAGAAAAUGAUCUUUACGACGACUACAACUACAGGCAGUGAUUAACGGUUUUGUAAGAAUACAAAAUUAGAUAAGUCGUAUAUCCUAUGGAUUAUAUUAUAAGUUAUAUGCCAAUGUAAUUUUAAGCUUCGGUGAAAUAUUAUUUGUAAGAAUGGCCUCAUUUUAGUCUAAAGUACAAGAUAGUAUAAGAUAAUUAGAUUUAAAUAAUUUUAAGAUGAACAUUAUUUAUGUUUGGUACUUAUAGAUAUUGAUAAUUAAACUUUUAAAUUGCAAA